UUCCUCAGAUGAUUGAACAUGUUGCAGUAAUUAUUCCAGUGUUCAACGGUGAAAAAUGGCUGGAAGAGUGCUUACAAUCAGUUGCCGACCAAUCUAUCCUUAAAAUCAACUAUGUUAAGCUUUCAGUCUCAGUUUACAACGAUGCGUCUGCUGAUAAUUCAAAACAAGUUCUGGAUUGUUGGCGUCUAAAGUUUGAAAAUCUGUCGAUCGACUUCAUAGUAACAGACAACUGCGAUGCUCCUGGAGGAGUUGGCUUUGCAAGAAACAGGGCUAUUGAUGUAGUUUUAGCAAAGAAUGAAUCCAUCGAAUAUUUCUGUUUUCUUGACUGCGACGACGUUAUGAAGCCUCAAAGAAUUGAAAAACAGCUGGAAAUGUGCAGAUUGAACCAAAAUGCAAUAAUUGGAAGUCAAUUUAUUCGAAACGACGCGGCCACAGUUCGCUUCACUGACUGGUGUAAUAAUCUAUCUGGUAGUCUUCUGGAAACCCAGAUAUACACUUCGCAUGGGCCGACUGUGGCUAUGCCUACUUGGUUUAUCCACAGAUCGAAACUUCAGAAGUUUUCAGAGGAGGGAACGGGAACACCGGAAGACUUGUUGUUUUUCUAUAAGCACCUGAGAAAUGGAGGCAAAGUUAAAAGAGUGGACGAGAAAUUGGUGUUUUAUCGAUAUCAUCCCUCAAAUACGACAUUUUCGAUCAAAUCUGAGACAAUUUGGAAUGUCAAAUUGCACUUCUUUAUUGAAGAUGUCCUGGAGAAGCUGGACAAGUUCUCAAUUUGGGGUGCUGGCAAACUUGGCAAGCAGUUGUUCAGGUCACUUCCCGAAAGUAUUCGCCACAAGGUCACUCAGUUCUUUGAUGUAGACCAAUCGAAACUGAAACAUGGAUUUGUGAAUCUGCCCUACCUGCCAGAUGAAAAAUCAAAAUGGGUCCCUAUUGAACAUGUUGACUCUUUGAAGAGUCCAUUUGUUAUUUGUCUCAAACUUAACUUGUUGGGCUUCGAAGAAAUUCUGGCUAAAUUUCAGUUUCUGGAAGGGGUCGAUUACUGGAUUUUCAAUUAACCCUAUUUAAGAAUAAAUUCAACAGUUUCGAGUAUACUAGUUUCCAGAAAUGAAUGGUCAAUAAUUGUCAAAAGUAACGAAGUUUUGUCGCGCUUUGAUAAUAUAGAGAGUGUUCUAAUCUAGUUGUUAAUUUUUUGCUAGAUAUUUACAAUCCAGCU